UAUUUUCCUUGAUAUUGUACCUGUAGGGUUCAUUGGUAAUAGCUUGGUUGUUUUCUGGAUUUAGUACUAAAAUAGUUCUCCAUGCCAAUGACUUUCUGAGGAAUGAAGAUACUGCUCUAUAGAGUUUCUAGCUAUUCUCGCUUUGAUGUUUCAUUAUGAAGAUGUGUUAAUUUUAUUAGAAAGUCAUUGGUUUGAUAUUGACAUUAAAUGAGUGUACUGCUAUAUCUUUUGACUAAGGGUUUCUGGCCUAUGUUGUGGGUUAACUAUUCCAGUUUAACUAGCAGUAUCUUUUGGGGUUGGAAAUAUGUGAGCAUUUAUAGGCAAAUAAUUUUAAGAUAAUGGGUUGUUCAGUUUUUAAGUUGCCCUUCUGAUAUUGGAUGUCCAUGUUAGAACAAUCUAAAUUCCUUACCUGGAUAUUCUUAUAAAAUAUUUUCAAUUUACAUUGAUUGACAAUAUUCAAAACUUUGCAGAAUUAAAAAUUGGAUUUUGAUGGAACAAAAGGACAAUAACAUACAGAAAGUGAUUUUUAUAUAUACUAGUCCUCACUAUAUUAUCUGAUAGGGACUUGGGUAUUAUGGGAUGCCUAUGUCCCACAUUGAGUAGUAUGGAUGCUUGGUGGAGUACUUAAGUGGCUUGGCCUCCACCCCCCGCUGUAAGAGGGUUCUCCAAGUGCUUGGGUGCUUAUCAACUGGUAGCAAAGCUGGCUCUCAAUGUCUCGGGAAGAGCUACCUACGGGGACUUCGGCUCUCAAGGGCAGUGCUAAGAUAGGAACUUGGGUAUUAUGUGAUGCCUAAGUCUGACAUUGAGUACUAUGGGAUGUUUGGUGUAUUACACAUGUGGCUUGGUUCUCCCUCCUUGACAGCUAGCUUUUAAGAGAGGGUUCCUCAAGUGCUUAGGUAUGAGAAGGAACUCAUGCAUCCUAUUCAAAACCUUCUCAAUGGAGAGCUGGUUCGGGCUAUACUUAUUCAGGUUCAGAAGCUCAAGCUGGACACUGAGACGGCAAUGCUAGAGCUGAACCAGAUUCUACGGGCAAAUGAAAUCAACUUUGCAGUUCUGACUGCUUUACCUGCAUUUUUUCUCUCUCUUUUACUCAUGAUGUUAGUACGUGGAUGGUUCAAACAGGAUACCAAAGCUGAGGGAAGAGGUAGAAUUGCUCGGAUUCAGAGGAGGCUACUUGUUAUAGAGGUUAAGAAAAGGAUUAUGCAGUACCAAAAUUAUGUUGAUCAAGGGUUGGAGAGAGAUGCACAAUAUAUGUUUGGAUUGGCACUCUAUAGCCUGGAUCGCCUGUAUCAGUCUGUUAAGUGGCACGCAGAAGCUACUGGAGAGUGGGAACGUUUGCGUGAGGAUAUAAUAGAUUUGGCUAAGCCUAGACUACAAACUGCACACAAGGAAUCUGUGAUAUCACACAUGGUUACAUUUGAAUGCUUGCUUCCAAGUCGGAACCGCCAGUAGCAUAUUUUAGCUUACUAUUCUUAAUUCUUUUCAAUGAUGUUUCUCUUGCUACUCUGAAAUCCAAUUUUGUCGUGAAUGUAUGCAUUUAUUCCUCGUACAUGGUUACAUUUUAUCAUAUCAUAGUAUGAUAAUUUUUGACAACUUUAUCAAUUGAAUACAAAUGAUUUAUGAAGGGAUGA